CGAUUUGGCAGUUCAAAACAAAGACGGCAUAUUUUGCAAAACAUCACGUAGAUAACAAUAAAAUCUAGCGUAUUCAUUAAGAAUAUAAUAGCUGCGCAAAAACAUCAUGUCAACGGUCGAGGCGACAACUGCUGGCGAAGUGGAGGAGGAUGUGGAAUUCGUGGACAUGGCCUUCACAAAGGAGUUGCGUAAAGCGACCAAAGAUGUGCACAAACUGACGGAUGUGUUGGUGAAUGCAAAGUUCGCCUUUGCUCUCUCCGAUGAUGAGGUCUGGUAUGAUGGACUAUUGGCAUUCUACGAACUAUACAAGUUCUUUGAAACACAUCUUCCUGAGCGUUUGUUGCCGAAGGAACUCCACAGGACAGCCGCCUUCGAGCGUGACUUUGCGUAUUUUUACGGUCCUGACUGGAAGGACACCUAUGAGCCUCGACCUGCAGUCAAGAAGUACUUGGAGCACCUGGAGAAAGUGACUGCCAAGAAUGAAUUGCUUCUCUUUGCGUAUUCCUAUCAAAUGUACAUGGCCCUGAUGUCGGGUGGCCAGAUGCUGCAAAAGAAGCGCAUGAUUGCACGUAAGCUAUGGAUUUUUCCACAAGGCGGGGACGAGGAGAAGCAGAAUCAAGCAGAAAAGGAGGCAGAAUUGAUUACUGCCAAAGUGGCCGAUGCUAAUGGGGCAAACGAGGGAUUGGAGUCUAGGCCAAUGCCUGCACAAGUCACAAUAUGCCCUCCCGGGUGUGAGGCUACAUUUUUUCCAGAAAAGAUAUCUGUGCUCAAGGCCAGGCUCAGGAGAGUUUUCAAUAAUCACUACGGGGCCUUUGACGACGAACUCCGGGAAGCCUUUAUCGAAGAGAGCCGAAAUGUUUUCCGAUUUAAUAUUGAAGUUGUACGGACAAUCAAGGGCGUCAACCGUGUUUACCUGAAGAAACUGGCCAUUGCAGCUAUCUUCAUAUCGAGUAUUGUUUUGGCUGUAAGGUUGGCUUUUAAGUAAGGACAAUUAGUCCAAGCUAACCGGUCUGAUAGAUUAGAAUUGUGAUUACAUAUUUAUAUAAAAUUGUUUAUUCAUGUAGUAAAUAUUGCAAAAUAUGUUUGUCAAACACA